AUGCUCGGGUACUGCCUCACAGUGGUGGUAAGAAAGGACACCCCGGACAAGGAUGUUCAGAUGAUCUGGGCCGUGGCCAUCUCGGCCUUACUGGACGUGAUUGCGCUCGUCUAUUAUGCUGUGUCCGCUCCAUGGUUGACCACGUUGGCGCACGCUUGUGCCCUCGGGAUGGGUGCUUUGACGUCCUUCCUCCGACCCAGACCGACGUCUACCCGGGCAUCGGCAUUGCUUUGUCCAGCCUCGUCUGAGCACACCACUGGCCAUCUAGGGAGAGGUUGA